GUUUCUUGAUGCGCAAUACGUGUUUCGCGCAGAUUUCGAGUAUAUAAAAUUACAGUCAAGAUUCGCCGGUUUUAGGCGAUCAGUUAAGCUUUGAGACUGAUGGCGGAAGGAGAGAAGAAGUCAAUCAGAGAUACGUUUAGUGAAGGCAGCUCUCGUCUGUUCGGAUCUGUGCUCUCUAAGAAGGAAGGUUUCGUAAACGGUUUAUCGAAUUUUAGACAGAGCAUAGACUCCGUAGGCAACAGCGUAUCGAACUCUGUCAAUUCAGUUUUGGGUGGUUUAACGAACGAUGGCGAACAAGCGGAGCAAUCGAAAUCGAAUCAGCCACUGAAGAAAAAGCCACCAGUUCCGAGAAGGCCAUCUCAAGAAGUAUUAGAAAAAAUACAGGAGGCAAAGAAAGGUCCAAAGUCGUAUACAAGGCAACAAUCGAUCGAACAAGUUCAAUCUCAGUUGCGAUAUCAUGAAAAUUUGGCUCAAUCCAUAGAAAGUCAAAUAUCGCAUGAUCGAGAAAGACACGAAAGAUUAAAUAGAUAUGCUGAAGAAGAUAGUGGCGAUUCAGAUGCUACAGAAGGAUGUGAUGACGGCGAUGAUGCUGAAAGGCGAAUAACUUCUAGUGAUUCCGUAAGAUCCUGGUCGGAUGGAGAUGACCAAUAUAUGGACGAGAGUAGUCUGGAAGCAAAGAGUUAUAUGAAGAAUUUUGUUGAUAGGAUUUUCAAUUCCAGCGAAUCGUUAACACAGGAAGAUAAGGCCGCUUUUGGAAACCUUUGUCAAGAAAGUUCGGGACGGAUAUGGUUUUCUCGGUUUGUAAAUGAACAGAGGGUUGAUCGAAUGAAAGUGAGCGAGCAGAUAUUCUAUAGACUCGUUCAAUAUUUCGCCAUCGCCCUUUUCGAAUGCAACGAAUCGGAAGAUUAUAGGCCUGCGAAGACGCUGAUGAAUAUGUGUUUUACGUUUUACUAUGAAGCACAACAACCGACAGGACAAGUAUACAAACACUAUCUUUAUAGUUAUAUGAAAGAGCAGCCAAUUUGGCGAUCUUUGAGAUUCUGGAAUGCUGCGUUUUUCGACGCUGUGCAACAAGAGCGUUCUAGGAAACCUAUCAGCAGCAACGACAAGGAUGAGGGUAACGCUGACGACAAAGAAUACCAGGAGAACGUAGUAUUCGGCCAACUGGGCACUUUUACAUGCAAUAUGAGAGCGUUUGGAUUAGGCAAGGAGCUAUGCCUGGAGUUCUUACGGAAACAAUCUUCUACAGCCAACUUGAAAGAAGAACUAAUUCAAAUGUUAAAGGAAAAUUGCGAACAAAGAAGCCAAUCGAACUAAUUGCUUCAAAUGUCUUCAAAAAUGCUAAAAAAAACCAAAAUAGAGUACAGAAAAAUCUCUUUUAUAAAUUAAACAUUGUUUAGAAUACACAUAGAUGUGCUUCAAGCAUUGCCUUCCCCACCCUCUCUCCUCUAUGUGUGUGUCUUUCUUCCCCUACCCCUCAGUUUUGUAAGGCGUAUCACGUGCUCAACAUUUGUUCUCUUUUUUUUUGACCUUGUUACUAUUCUUAUUUAUUCUUAAAAUUUCUUUUUAUCCUGUUUGCCUAUAUAAAUAUAGGUCACCUGAUAUCCAAAAUCUGCUUUAUGAAAUUACCAAUGAUAUUUGAGAAGAUGUGAAAGGAUUUAUUAAAACCUUUCAUUUAAUAUUCCAGCUUUUUUUAUGUAUAUAAAGUGAAUAUAUAAACUGGUAAUAGGAUACUUUUUAUCUUAAAAAUGAAAGAAAAAAAAAGAAAACCUAUCAUUCCAUAAAUUCAAUAUAUUCUUUCGAUAAUUUUACUUUUAUUAUUCUAUAAUCUAAAAAGAAAAUAUUCAAUUAAUUAUGUUUUUUUAAAAAAAAAAAAAGAAACAAUACUCUCCAUCUUUCAUUUUUAUUUGUUUUUAGCAUGUCUGUCUGUACGUUUAAUUCUGUCUGUGUUUUUUUUUUUACCUAUUAAUUAAUUUUAGCUUGAUCACGAAAAUAACAAAAAAAGACAUUAAAGAGAUUCUGAAAUCACAUAUUAACCUAUAACACGUUUAUCUCUUUUCUUUUAGUAUUUUGCACUGUUGAAAUGUCGUUACUAUUGUUAUUGUUGACAUAAUUUAUCACUAGUAAAUUACUUUUAUAAUUAUUUUUCCUUCCUUUCCAUUCGUCCUUAUCAUUAUUUUUCCUCUUUAAUCCUAUUUUCUUUCAUUUUGACACAAUAUUUGACAAUAUUUUAUAAUGUUGUACCCUCAACAGAGUUAGUUGCUGCAAUAGCUGAAGCUGCAGAGAAUUUUUUGCAUGAAGUAGUUACAUCUUGAAAAUUAUUAAGUAUAUUGAUCAAUAUUAUUUAUUUUUCUUAUAUAUAUAUAUAUAUAUAUAUAUAUAUAUAUUACAUAAUAGUAUUGAUUUGAAUAUAUGUUGGUUUUAUUGUUUUAAGUCAUCAUUAGUCAGUUAAUCAGUCAGUCAAUGAGUCAAAUAUACAUUUCUUUAUUGAAUUUUCGUAAAGUGUUUCUUUUCUCCCUAUUCAUAUUAUAUUAUUUCUAUAAAAAUCAUUCCGUGAAAGAAGUACUGCAUCGUGGUGUAAUUAUUAUCUUUUUUUCAAUGCUUUUACAUGUUAAUCUAGUCCAAUUAUAUGGUUUUAAGCUGAUAUAUUAUUAUGAGCUAGUUAUCUGUUAAUAGUUUUUUGUCUGUCAUCAGAUUUGUAAUGAAGUCUAGUCAACGUCUAUUUAUUGAACUAGUCAUCUCUUAGUGCAUAUAACGAAUAAAACUUGUUGACACGUCUACCGAGUAUGAUUGAUAGCGGAUUCUGUGCCCUAUCGGGGCAGCUUUUUAUCUAUUAUAAACCAUUAUUAGGCCUAUAAUAUUAUUGAUCAGAUUUGGUGAAGGAUAAGAGUGAAAGACAGAGACUUUAUUGCGGCUAAAUGAUUUAGUUGUAGCCCUACGUGUAAAUUGCUAGUCUUUUAAAAGAAAAUCAAGAGAAUAGUUUUAUUUCUUGCAAAUACAGCAACUAUAAAAUAUAAUGCACAUAGAGAGGGAGAGAGAGAGAGAGAGAGAGGGAGAGAGAAAUACUCAAAAACACUUCUGUACCAUCUUAUUUAUUCUAUGGACGAUUCUCUUACGUCGCUUAUUUAAUUUAAUAUUGGUUUCUAAAGUGAUAAAGAACUCCUUUUUUUUCAAUCUUUUAUAAUUAUUGAAGAGAGAUUUCUUCCUCUCCUUCGGCAUAUAUAUCUUUCUUUAAAAUCCUUCAAUUUUAUUUAUACUCUCUCUAUCAACUAAUUCGGCAUCUUGACAUUCUUUACUUUGACGAACUGAUUUUAAUUUCCGGAAUAUAGAGAGGUGUUGGGAAGGAAAGAUAUUAAAAAUAAAAAACAUCUUCAAAUGAUGGCAAGCGCCCUCUAUAUUUCUAAUCAUUUGAAAGUGGUCGUUAUGAAUUGGCUUUAUUUUAGCUUCCUUUGCUAAAAGACCUAGGUAAGCAUCAUCGGGUCUAAUUGGAACCACUCUUUUCGAAGCUAGUACCAACUUUAGAAGGGUAUCGGUGGAUAAUAAAAAGACCGGCUCCUCAAUCAUGUCGGGGAAUAUAUUUGGUUCAAAGUCUUCUUUUGAGACGUAUUUUGGAUGACUCGACAAGCGAAUAGGCCUAUCUUUCCGUAAACGCUUUCCCACGUAAAGAUUUUUUGGUUUGUCACCCCAUUUGUUAUAUAGCCAAGGGAUAAUUGACGGCAUAUUGAGAAAUAUAUUGUCAUCUAGCUUUAGAAUAAAUUUCGUUGAGCAGGCUUCCUUUAAAUUAUCAGACAAAUAGUUGAAAGCCGUCAUUAAUUUUCUAGUGCCCUCAUAGGGUGAGUCGUUGAAUUCAGCUUGUAAAAUAUCCGAAUAAGACUUACUCUCCUGGGCCACGUCCCUUUCGAAUCUGUUAUUGGACAUUCCCAUCACGAAUAUAACUUUCCAAUUGACCUUAGUUAGGCCCUUGACCUGUCGAAAAUGUAAAGCCUGGCCCCAGCUGGAGCGAAUUGCCUUUCGGUGUCCGGUGUGUUCAGGAGGAGAGAAUACCAAAAUUAUGACAAACUGCGCCAUCUUCUGGCAGUUCAUUUUGGGUUGAUGAAUUAGAUUAACAGGGAAUUGUUUCGGGUUGGCUGGACCAUAACGAGGAUUAAUUUUCUCUUCCAGGUGCAAAAACGGAAUUUGAUCCUGAUGCACAUUCCUAAGCGGAAAGAAUUUCGGAUUAAUCUCUAUCGAUGCCUCAUCCUUUUUACCUCUAUUCUCACUCCUUCUCCAAGUCAAGAAAAGUAGGAAAAAUAUUAAUAAAAUAAUCCAACCAUAAAGAGAAGGAGUUUUCGAUCGCUUAUUAAAAAUAAUAGCGAUAAUCGCACUAAUUGAAGUUGCCCAAGCUUUCUGUUUAGUUUCUGAGGACAUGAUGUACAAAAAUGUUUGAAAUAUUAGAAGAAGUUGUAUGUAAUAGAACUGGACGAGAAUGAAAGCAUGUGUAAUUUAUUGAUUAUUCUAGGAGUUUAUUUAUUUUUCAACGUGUCUUUAAAAUCUUAUACAAUGUAUUAAUUUUCAUAAGUUAAAUAGAUGAUUAAAUUACAUAGUUGAAUUCUCAUCAGCAAUCGCUCGCAUACUUGUCGGUUGUCAUUGUAGGAUGAAAUGACUUUUAUCAUUAUAUUUAAUUUGUAAUUUACAAUGUUUGUAUUUAUACAAUGUACAUCUUUACUAAAGAUAUGAACAUGCAAAAUUCUAUAUAUAUAUAUAUACA